AUGGGUCACGAAGAUGCUGUUUACCUGGCCAAGCUCGCCGAGCAGGCUGAGCGCUACGAGGAGAUGGUCGAGAAUAUGAAGGUUGUCGCCUCCUCCGAUGUAGAGCUCACCGUUGAAGAGCGGAAUCUUCUUUCUGUUGCCUACAAGAAUGUCAUCGGUGCCCGCCGUGCCUCUUGGAGAAUUGUCACCUCGAUUGAGCAAAAAGAGGAGUCCAAGGGCAACGAGUCCCAGGUCGCUCUCAUCAAGGAGUACCGCCAGAAGAUCGAGGCCGAACUCGCCAAGAUCUGCCAGGACAUCUUGGACGUUCUCGACCAGCACUUGAUCAAGUCUGCCCAGAGCGGCGAGUCUAAGGUCUUUUACCACAAGAUGAAGGGUGAUUACCACCGUUACCUCGCCGAGUUCGCUAUCGGCGACGGUCGCAAGGGUGCCGCCGAUUCCUCCCUUGAGGCUUACAAGGCUGCCACCGAGGUUGCCCAGACCGACCUUGCUCCUACCCACCCCAUCCGUCUCGGCCUGGCCCUUAACUUCUCCGUCUUCUACUACGAGAUCCUCAACUCUCCCGACCAGGCUUGCCACCUUGCCAAGCUUGCUUUCGACGAUGCUAUUGCCGAGCUCGACACCCUGAGCGAAGAGAGCUACAAGGACUCCACCCUGAUCAUGCAGCUCCUCAGGGAUAACCUGACCCUCUGGACCUCCUCCGAGGCCGAGCCUGCUGCCGAGAACGCCCCCGCCGAGAAGAAGGAGGAAGCCCCUGCCGCCGAGGGUGAGGAGAAGCCUGCCGAGUAA